UAAUGAGAAGAAUGGUCUAAGAAUGAAAUUGUGUGUGUCAAAAUAAUUUUUAUGAGAACAAAUCUUGUCGGGUGGAGCUAAGCAUCUUUGGGAACAGAGAGAAGAAAAAAAACACAAAAGCAAAGGGCUAAGCUUAAAGACUAUUGUGCAAAGAAAAACAGAGCAAAACCAGCUUUUGCCUACAAACCAGACAUACCCUUCCCUUAAAAAAAGCUUAAACAAAUCCCAUCUAUAACUCAUAAGAAGCUUCCUAAAAAGAAUACAAAAUAUCAGAGAGAGAGAUAAGAAGAAGCCAUUGAUAUUACCUUUUCUUCAAGUUUCAAAAUUUAUGAUUCACGAGAUAGCCUUUCCCCUGCCCUUCUCCUUUUGAGAGACAGUACUGUUUCGUCCCCUUCUUCAUCUCAGGCGGGCUUCAUUCUCGCCCUACAUCUUAGCCUUUGAAUAUAUGCAUACAUAUAUAUAUAUAUAUAUAUAUAUAUAGGUAUAUGUAUAGAGAUAAGCAUGGCUUGGCUAAGCUUGGCUUUUGCAGGCUAUCCCAUGUUAGUAGCUGCAUUUGGGUUGGGACAGUGAGGACUCUGCCACACUGCUUUAUAUCUAAAUCAUGAAGAUAGAGAUAGAGAUAGAGAUAGAGAUAGAGAAGAAAAAGGAGUGAACCCUUUUGAUCAUCUUCAACAAGCUUGAAAGCAAUGGAUCUUCCCACUCCCAUGUUUGAAUCAAAUGAUGGGGAACCGCCAUUGGAGGGCAGGAGAAGCUUCUAUGGUAAAACCAAGGGCGACCCUUUUGUAGACACCUUCCAUGACCCACUUUGCAAGCUCAACCUUAAAGAAACUUCAGAGUUUGUCAAGUCCUUACCAAUGGCGAACAAUGUCAGCUGCUCUGUUUCAACUCAGAGGAGGACAGAGGGUCUUAACUCAGUGACUCAAAGACGAGUUAUGGAGUCUCCUUCAACUCCUGGAAGACCUGUUUUUGGGUUCAGUGUUGGAAACCUUUUAAGAAACAAUGUCCCUUCAAAAUGGGAUGAAGCAGAGAAAUGGCUCGUUUGUAGCCCUUGCAAUGACUCCCCUGCCCACACAUUGAAGCCAUCCGAGCCCACAAGGAUGUUAAAGCAAUGUGAGGUCUUUGCUGAGAAGUCUCGAGUUACAGAGGAAAGGAUCUCCAAAGCAGCAGCUUCAAGAACUGUUAAUGGAGUUUCUGAUCUACACAUAAAAGCUUGUUUAAAAACUACAGAUAAGUUUAUGGACAAUUUAGAGGCAACUUUGUCCACGAACCAAGGCUUUGUGUUCAAGAGCUCCCCCAUUGACAAGAUGAAAGUUGCAGGCGCCAUUAUUGAGGUUCAGCACAGAGACAUUGGAACAGAGAUGACUCCUCUCGGCAGUUCCACCACCUCAAGGUGUCCAACGCCAUUUAAAAGCACUUCCCCAGCUCGCUACAACACGCCAUCUAGCAGAUCCGGGCUGCUCGGUCUGGACACCAAGGGCGGCGACAGCGCCAUCAUCAACAUUUCCCAAUUGCAGGAAUGCCAUUUGGCUAAGCUACAGCUUCCAUCUCAAUAUGAUUCCAUUGCAUCACAUUGGAGCUCAAGAGAAGAGGAAGAGGAAGAAAUUUCCAAAAGCUUGAGACACUCUGAAACUGGCAAUGAAGGACGGAAAAGUAUACCAGAUUCAAGAGCUGCAGCUUGGGAAGAAGAGAAGAAGACUAAAUGCUGUAAUAGAUAUCAGAGAGAAGAAGCCAAGAUACAGGCUUGGGUGAACCUUCAAAAUGCAAAAGCAGAAGCUCAAUCAAAGGAACUUGAGGUGAAAAUAGAAAGGAUGAGAUCAAAUUUAGAGGAGAAGCUGAUGAAGAGAUUGGCAAUAGUCCAUAGAAAAGCUGAGGAAUGGAGAGAAGCAGCCAGGCAACAGCACUCAGGGCAGAUUCAGAAAGCCACAGAACAAGCCAAGAAGCUAAAUUGGAGACAAUCUUAUUCUUUUGGCCACAACAUCACUUCUUGCAGUUGCUUUCCUAGCCAUAACACUCACUAAAAUAGAAUAAUGAAAACAAAUACUACUUGUAGCAACUCUUCUCUUUUUCAAUUUUAUUAUUGUUGUUCCUUGAAAGAAGAACAAGAUCAGAAGAGGAAGUCACUUUCUUUGAGUUUUGAACAAAAUAUUAGAUUGGGCUUCAUUCCCUUCAAUAUAGUUUUGAGGAAGUAAAUAAAAUAAACACCGGUCUAUCACUAUUCCUAAAUUAGGAAGUGGGAGGUCAAAUUCAUAAUGGAAAAGUGAGCAUGCUAA